AUGGUCUCGUCGUCGCGCGACGAGGCUGGUCUCGGCAUCGACGCCGCCUUUCUUGUCCGGCGUCAGCACCUCUGGGCCUUCUCGCUCUCGAUUGCUUUAAGUGGCCUGUACUUGGCUCGCUGGGAUGCUUCCGAUGCGACGCUGUCCAGCGUCGCAUACCUACUUCUCGCAUCGGCGUUCUACAGCAUGAGCGUCUGCACGAGCGAUUUGCUCGCUGCGAUACCCUUCUCUGGCGGCGCGUUUGGCCUCGCGCGUGUAGCCGUCAGCUUUUACGGCGGGUUCCUCGUGGCGGUCGCCGAGUGUUUCGAGUACAUUCUCUGCACGGCCGACGCGGUGCAGUCUCUCGGUGCGACCCUCGCGCUGGUGUGGCCCGACCUCGCGCCGUUUCAACCGAUCACAUACCUUGUGCUCUAUGCGCUUCUUACGCACGUGCACUUGGCGGGUGGACCGAGCGUCUGGAAAAGCUACAACGUGCUCGCAACAACCACGAUCCUCGGGCUCGUCGUCUACCUCGGCAGCAGCGUUCCGCGGCUCGAACUGCGACCGCUGCGCACCAAAAGCAUGUGGAGCUCGGGGCUUGAACUCGCGGCGCUUCUGCCGUCGCAAAUGCGUCUCUUCAUGGGACUCGAGUGCCUCAACCUCUGCGGCCAGGACGUUGACGACCCGCAGAUUUCGCUCCCAUUCGUCCAGCGCCAAGCCAUGCGCAUCGCGAUCGCAUCGUCCUUCAUUUUAGGAGUGAUCACGGUCGGCUUUGCCCCUCUAAGCUGGACCGCCCCGUCCGUGUACCCGCCACUCGCUCCUGGGCUUGCCGACAGCUGGAGCGUCUCGAUGCAGGUGGCAUCCCUGCUCUCAUUGCCAAGCAUGCUAGCGAGCGCAUUUUGUUUUAUGCACGGCUACAGCCGCGUGCUUUCGUACAUGGCGUCGUCCCGCUUGGUGCACCGGUCGCUUCGGCGGCGCGUGGGUCGGCACCGGACGCCGCGCCGAGCCCUGUACGUCGGCUCGGCGCUCAGCUUCGCCGCGUGCCUCGCAUCGCACUACGCCCCUGUAAUUUGUCUACAGUCGUGCGCCGCAGCGUGUGCGUCCAUCAUGUACAUGGCGCAGUGCUACGGCUACAUGUACUUUACCACGUCGGUGCAACGGCAGGCGUCGGCGGGCGCGCGUCGUGCGGUCGCCCGUCGCCGGGUCGCCGCCGGCUUUGCCGCGAGCGUCUUUCUCGCUAGCUUGAUCGCGUGCUGUGCAACCGGUUUCCCAUUAGCCCCCGCGUCCUCGAACGUCGCCGUCGUCGGUGUUAUAGCCAGCGUCACGCUUGGGAGCUCGGUCUACUAUGUCAGUGUAGUGAAACACUCGCAGCUCUUCUCGGAGCACGAGCGCCGGAGCUUGAUGGUCGCGCAUAUCGUUGUGUUCAAUAAGAACAAGAGGCGGCAGUCAUCGCAGCGGCUCAAGAAGAUUAUUGCGAGCCAGAAAGCCGCCAUGUACAUCAAGCGCGCGUUAACGACGCCCGAUUUGCUGCAACGAAAGACCGCCAGCGAUAUCCCGCGCAAUGACACUCCGAGCGUCACGCGGGACGUGGAGCCCGAGUUGCCACGCACCGCUGCCGAAUUCGCACCACCCGAUGCGCUGGAUAGCAAGGCGGACGAAGGAUCCAAACGAACGCUGUCGUUGCACAAGGUCAAACCGACGCUGACGCGUCACGGCACCGUGCCGAACAUUAGCCACGACCGGCGGACCAGCUUCUCGAUCCAAGCGGACCGCCGACCGAGCAUCUCGAUCAAGCCGAACCUCAGCGAUCGCCGUCCGAGCAUCGCGCCCAAGCCAAGCCUCAACGAUCGCCGCGUGAGCGUUUCGAUGCAAGGCGCCGGGAGAGAGCAUCGCCCGGGUAUUUCCAUCGACUGUCGUCCUAGCAUCACUGGCAACGGCCGGCGCAGCAGUGCAGUCGGACGCCACGGCGCGCUGCGUUCGAUGCUCGGCAAACAGCAUCUCGGCUCUGUGCACGUCAUGGACCUCGCAGUGCUCUUUCAAAACGACGCCGAAGAUCUUGAAGACGAGAAUGCGGAUGGUUGCAUGCCCUUCUCUCCGUAG